AUGACCGACGCCAAGAUUCAAAACGAGAAGGCUGAGCUCGCUCAAGUCGAAGCCGAUGGCUACGAAGAUGCAGAGAGGAGGGGCUCACGCCAGCAGUCCGUCAGUCUGAAUCGUAAUGUCACCGCCAGAAUUCAAAAUCCUCUGGCAGGUAUCCCUCGAGAAACUCUAUUCUACAAUGUGGAGCAAUUCGCCCAAGAGGCAAACAUGACGGAUAUGAUUCCGCUACUUAAGAAAGGCGCCCUGGUCGCUCAAGACCCUCCCUCAUUCGAGACCAUCGAUGACUUGGACGAAGUCGAACGCGAUGCUCUUCGUAAUGAGGUCCUCCACAAGUGGCGUCAGCCUGGUGCCCUAUACUUCACAGUCAUCCUCUGCUCCAUUGGCGCCGCUGUACAAGGAUGGGACCAGACUGGCUCGAAUGGUGCCAACCUGUCAUGGCCUCUCGAUUUCGGGGUCCCCGAUGCCAAACCGAAAACUAAUCUGAAACCGGGCGUCAAUUAUGACACGAUGGACUAUGAUAAGAAUUCGUGGAUUGUGGGUGUGGUUAACUCCGGACCAUAUAUUGGCUCUGCAUUCAUCGGAUGCUGGUGCUCCGACCCCCUUAACAAUUAUAUUGGUCGUCGCGGCACCAUCUUCUUCUCUGCUGUCUUCUGUUUCUUGACCGUGAUCGGCUCAGCCGUCUCGCAAAACUGGCCUCAGCUAUUCAUCACCCGCCUCUUGUUAGGGAUCGGUAUGGGCGCCAAAGCCAGCACUGUCCCGAUAUACGCUGCCGAAAAUUGCCCUGCUGCAAUUCGUGGAGGCCUAGUCAUGUCAUGGCAAAUGUGGACUGCUUUCGGUAUCUUCCUGGGUUUCUGCGCCAAUCUGGCUGUCUACGACGUAGUUCCCAUUGGAUGGCGUCUACAGCUCGGGUCCGCCUGUCUUCCAGCCCUCCCUCUGCUUAUUGGCGUGUAUUUCUGCCCAGAAUCGCCAAGAUGGUAUAUCAAAAAGGGACGAUACUCAAACGCUUUUCGAUCACUUUGCCGACUGCGAAACACGCCUCUACAAGCUGCUCGUGAUCUUUACUACAUCCACGCUCAAAUUCAAGAGGAGGCAGAUAUCAUUGGUCGAAGCAACUAUUUCACACGCUUUUUCGAACUUUUCACAAUACCACGUGUACGCCGGGCGACAUUGGCCUCUUUUGUCGUCAUGUUGGCUCAGCAAAUGUGCGGUAUCAACAUCAUUGCCUUCUAUUCCUCUACUGUCUUCCGCGAAGCUGGUGCUGGUAACUUGGAAGCUCUCCUCGCCUCUUUCGGUUUCGGUCUUGUAAAUUUCGUUUUUGCAUGGCCAGCUGUUUGGACAAUUGACACCUGGGGACGCCGAAACCUGCUCUUAUUUACAUUCCCGCAGAUGGCGUGGACAUUAUUAGCAGCAGGCUUAUGCUUCAUCAUUCCCGAACAGAGCAACGCACAUCUUGGGUUGAUCGCCUUCUUCAUCUUCCUCUUCGCCGCCUUUUACUCGCCCGGUGAGGGUCCAGUACCCUUUACCUACUCCGCCGAAGUCUUCCCCCUCUCUCACCGGGAAGUCGGCAUGUCCUGGGCUGUCGCAACCUGCCUAUUCUGGGCAGCUGUCCUCUCCAUCUCCUUCCCGCGAAUCCUACGCGCCUUCCACCCCGUGGGUGCUUUCGUCUUUUACUCGGCGCUUAAUGUCACGGCGUUCGUGAUGAUUCUGUUCCUCGUCCCGGAGACGAAGCAACGGACCUUGGAAGAAUUGGAUUACGUAUUUGCGGUGCCCACGAGAAAGCACGCUGGAUACCAUCUCACAAAAUCGGUUCCCUUCUUCAUCAAGCGCUACGUGUUCUUCAACAAGAGCGCGAAGUUGGAACCUCUCUACACUUUCGACGGUGCGGUUGCGGAGGAUCAACAUAUUGCUGUGAGGAAGGCGUCUGUCGCAGGCUAG